CGGCAGGGGGCGGUCUCGGACGCGGCUGCGCUGUCACGUGUCCGGAAGGCGCGCGUUGCCAUGGCGAUGGCGGGAUGGCGCCGCGGUACUGGGCGCUGCGGUGCUGCCGCUGCCGCCUGUUCCAGGUGCAGCAGGCCAAGCGGAGCGGGAAGUGGAGCUGCGGCGUGUGCGGCCAGCGGCAGGCGGUGCAGAAGCUUUACGGCCAAGGGUCUGCCCUGGACUGUAGACGCCAUGUCCAGAAGCUAAACCUGCUGCAGGGUGAGGCAGAGGAAGCAAUCGGGUGGACAUCCCGGUGCAUAGAAGACUCUGUGAAUGACAGCAAAAAUACAGCAGCCCAACAUGAAGACAGCUCAGUCCAGCAGGAGGGAAGGGCAGAAGUCAGUCGCUGGAGUAAAUAUUUGGACAAGAACAAUGAAGAUCAGGAAGAUGGGGAGGAGGAGAGAGGUACAGAAAGGCAACAGUUCUGUUCCCGAAGGAAGAACACUGUGGAAGAACAAAGGAACCAGAAGAGCUUCCUCUCCAGUGAUGCUCAGGAGUACGCUGAAGAAAAUGAAGUUUCCCAGCUUGCCUACCAAGCCAAAAAGCACAAGAAAUGUUCAGUAGCAGUGCCUGAUCAAGAUGAUGGAGAUGCUGUUUGUGGACACAGCAUGGCUCCUGCUGUCUGUGAGCCCAUAGUGCCUGAGAAGAAUACACCAACCCCAAGUGCUUGUACCAAACCCUCCAAGUGGGAAAAAUUUCUCUCACGUUCUAAUAGCUACAGUGAAAAUGCUGCCAGGAUCACCUUAUCACCACAGGAGGGCAGUGGAAGGUUGGGGCUACACAGCACGACUGCUGCAGAUGCUGAUACGGUCAGUAGAUGCUCAGAACAGGCCCAAAGAACUCUAUCUCAAGGUACAGGUUUUGAAUUUAAAAAGUGUGUUGCUAGCACUGAGCAGAUUGGCUCGAAACUGCCUGGCACCAUGGUGCCCAGCAUCUGUUGCUCAGCUGGGGAGGAUGUGUUAUUCAAAGAACCUCAAAGCCAAUUGAUAAGGGCAGGAUCUGGUGUCAUAGACACCACUGCAGGAAAGUGCUGUUCAGAAAGCACAAGGAGAGCAAACACCUUUGUUAACUGUAGCAAUGGGCCAAAGCCUAGCAUCAUUUCUUGUGAACACCUCUUCUGCACAGGUGAUGAGUUUGAUGAUGAUCUCUGAUUAAGUUCAGGCAUGUUUGGCACUGCUUUCUUGUUUAUCUCCGUAAUGUAGUUGGUAUGCCAAGUACUGAGGCAAGAUUUACUGUAAGCAUUGAAGGACUGCAUUAUUAAAGCUGUUUACUUGCUGCA